AUGGGGAGAGAGAGGGUUAAGAUGAAGCUGAAGCUGAAGAGGAGGCCAAAAGAGUUGCCCAGGAAGGUUCAUGAUUCUACUCUUCAACAUAAGUACUAUGCUUAUACGAACAAAGGCCACACAAACAAGAACAUGAAGCACUGGAGAAUGACUGGUAAGGAUCUCGACGGUUUGAGUUUCGAGGAGCUGCUAGUACUUAGAAACCAUCUAAACGAAGUCAUGCUCAUUGUGACCAACCAAAAGGACAAAAUAAGGCUCGAAAAGGCAGAAAGGCUGCGCCAACAGAAGAAGGAAGCAGGGGAUGAGAAUGAAGGUACGAGGAGAAGGGUUUUGGUUCCUUGCAGAUAUGGAUGCAGUUCUGAAGAUAAGCUGCAGGAGCAAGAUAAUGAAGCAGGGCUGCGGGAAGAAGUCGAGAGAUUACGGUUUUUGAUCAAGAGAAUGACUGGUAGGGACGAUGGUGUCAGUUUCGCCGAGCUGCUAGCUCUUGAAAGUCACCUUAACGAUGUUCGGCGCAUUGUCCUGGACCAAAAGGAGAAGAUAAAGCUGGAAGAAGAUGAAAGGAAGAAGGAAGCAGAGCAUGAGGCUAAUGGUACGAGAAGAGGUGUUUUGGUUCCCCCUACCAGCAGGUUGGUAGAAAGACAGAAGAAACCAAAUGGUCUAGCACCACUGCUGAACAUGAAGAGGGAAUUUGAGAGACGAAUCUCUGAACCCUUGCAGAGCGAGUUCGAGAGAUUAUGGCUUUUUAACGAGAGAAUGAAUGGUAGAGAGCUCGAGGGUAUGACAUCCUUAGACCUGACCUUACUUCACAGUCAGAUAUUAGGAGCUUUGAAAGCUUUGAAUGACCAAACGUUUGGACCAAGAGUAGAACAAAGGGCAAGGCAGCGAGGAGAGGUAUAAAGUUAUCAAUGUAUAUUAUAAGUUUUUAGUAGCUAGUAUAUCCGAAUCGCUUUUUCUAUUCACACAUUUUCUUAGCAUGUUUGCCUCACCAACAAGGAGUCAGUCUCUAGGUUAGCUGAGCCCGAGAGAUGUUCAUUGGACAAUGGCAAGGAUGCUGACACUUCCUUGCAAUUUAGACUUCUUCUCGUUUCAAGGAAGCUCAGAAGGAUCCAUAAUUGUUAUCACCGCAAGAGCAUGCCAGAGACCUACCUUAAGUAGAUUCCUAGACAAUGAGCAAAAGUGAUGGUGGAGUACUUUAAAUGGCUUCUUUGGCACAACACGUUGCGUGGUUCUAGAAGAGAGGAAUUCGUUACUCAAAAUAUACAAUAAACAAUGAUAGAUACACAUCAUACACUAG